AUGUCACGUCCAGAAGAGCUCGCACCCCCAGAAUUUUUCUAUAAUGACUCUGAAUCGCAGAAAUAUACAUCGUCUACAAGAGUUCAACAUAUUCAGGCUAAGAUGACAUUACGUGCACUAGAGCUUCUGAAUUUGGCACACACCUCUUACAUAUUGGAUAUAGGGUGUGGUUCCGGCCUGAGUGGGGAAAUCAUAUCUGAGGAAGGACACUUUUGGUGUGGUGUUGAUAUCUCACCUUCGAUGUUGGCCACAGGAUUGACAAGAGAAGUCGAAGGCGAUCUUAUGUUACAGGAUAUGGGUCAGGGUUUACCCUUCCGUGCUGGUACAUUUGAUGCAGCUAUCAGUAUCAGUGCCAUUCAAUGGCUGUGUAAUGCCGAUACAUCCUAUAAUGAUCCUAAGAAAAGACUGAUGCGCUUUUUUAACACUUUGUUUGCGACAUUAAAGAAAGGUGGAAAGUUUGUAGCACAGUUCUAUCCCAAGAAUGAUGAGCAGACAGAGCAAAUACUGGGGGCUGCCAAAGUUGCUGGUUUUAGCGGUGGUUUGGUCAUCGAUGACCCUGAGUCCAAGAAAAAUAAAAAAUUCUACCUGGUUUUAAGUUCAGGUUCCUCACACGAGGAAGAGCAGGUCAAUUUACAGGGUAUCACGAUGGAUGCCGAAGCAGUGAAAGUUAGAAGCGAUAAGAAGAAAGAGAAGGAGUCCAGGAAAGAAUAUAUUACAAGAAAGAAAGAGCUUAUGAAAAGGAGAGGUAGAAAGGUUGCCAAAGAUUCCAAAUUCACAGGUAGAAAGAGAAGGCCACGGUUUUGA